AUGACCCUCGCUCCGCCCAGCAACAACAUUGACCACUUGGCGGUCUCGCCAAUGUUGGCCGCAACCUACAACUCGGACCAGGCCCACUCGCCAGCGGUGGUCACUACGGCCCAGGCAGCCCGCGCCGGUGUGCGCGCUACGGCAAUCACGCCGCAGCGUGCUACCACGCUCCCCUGCCCCAUUGUCGAACCCCUCACGUUUGCAAAGGUGCCCGUGUUUGUGCCUUCUGCCCCUUCCUCUGUCGCACCUUGCUCCUCGAUGCUGGUUUCAACCGACUCAGAGGCCUUCUCCGACUCGAAUGACCACCACAGCGUCCUUUCGCGCUCGCCUUCCCUCCUCACUUCGCUCAUUCAGAGCCAGUCGCGUCGUUCCAUCUCGGGAUCCGUGUCUGCCGGCCCUUCGACCUGCGCCUCGCCCUCCGCCCUGUCACCCCAGGCGACCGGCAACGGCAGCCAGUACAACUCGUUUUCCCGAGCGAGCGGCAUCACCCACUCGCGCCCGAUUCUCCGUCGCUGUAGCUCGGGCGCGAGCGGCGCAGAAGAUUCCCAUCGCCCUUCCAACGCCAGCAGCAAGGCCCACGCGCUCGCCCUCGAAGCCGUGCUCGAGUCUGUGCGUGAGCGCGAGCGCGACUCGUCGCCGGCGCGCGCGUCCGUGUCCCGUCGCCGCUCGUGCCUCAAGUUUGCAGUGACCUGCCCGCAAAAGAAGCCCGCCGCCGGGGCCGACACGACCUUGUCCAGUGUGGCGAGCUCGAGGAGGACCCCUCCAAAGUUUGCUUCGCCAAGGAUUGCUUCGCCAGUUCCUGACGCUGCGACGCCCGAGUUCGACUCCGAGUCUGACGACGCGGGUUACCAGGAAGACUCUGAGGACGGGUUUGAGGACUCGGAAGAGGACGACGACGACGACGAGGAUGACGACGACGAGUGCUUGACCCUCGCGGCGCAAUCCCGUCGCGCGUGGUGUCCCAUGUGGUCGCCUUUUGCCGAUGCCCAGCCGCCCGCCCCGAUCCUCACCACCACCCCCAAGCGUCGCCAGGUCUCGCUCGCUGCCGCCCAUGUGCAGCACGAUGCCUCGACCACGGAUGACAAUGCGGACGUGAUCGAGGUUGUGCCCAUCAACCCAGCGCGCAAGAUCCGCAUCAGAAUCCGCGACGACGAGCGCGAGGUCAAGUCGUGCACAAGGCACUGCUCGCCUCCUCCGGCCAAGAUCCUCGCUGGAUCGUGUCGCCCUGCUCCUCCCGCUGCUCGCUCGCCCUCUGCUGCCGAGCUCUGCCGUCGCCGCUCUGGCGCCGACUGCACUCCUCGUGAGCGCCGUGAGCCUUCCCCCUCGCCCCUGCGCAAGCAGGGCUGGCGCUCAGAUGACAGCGUCUUGCUUGCUCUGCGCGGUGCCUCCGGUGCCGGUGCGACAAGAAGGACACGCUCUCCUGCGCCUGCACGCUUCGUCGAGACAUCGCACCUCCCUUCAGAGAGCGAUGAGUCGAGGCCUGCCCUCAGCCGCAAGCCCAGCGAGGUCGCCCUCCGCCGCCGCUCGUCGGCCCCUGUCAAAAUCGAGCAAGUUCAUGCCCUCGCCACUGUCACCUCUACCGAGUGCCCCGUCAGCGGCCUGAGGAGCAUGCUUCAUGCCGCCUCCCGCGCAGCUGCCGUGGCGUGA